GGAAAAAGGCCACGCCCAUGUGGCUGUCCGAGUGUGGGCGCCUGCGGGCCUCGGCGGAGCCUUGGGCUGCUCUGCGCUCGCGGAGGCGUGGCCGGUGCGCGGGGCCCGGGGAGCGCGGGGAUGGGGGUCUCGGUGGACGUGCACCAGGUGUACAAGUACCCCUUCGAGCAGGUGGUCGCCAGCUUUCUCCGAAAGUACCCCAACCCCAUGGAUAAAAAUGUCCUCUCUGUAAAAAUCACGGAGGAAAAAAGAGAUGAAUCAACAGGGGUCAUCUACAGAAAGAGGAUUGCAAUCUGUCAGAAUGUGGUUCCAGAAAUUUUAAGGAAGAAGAGCACUCUGGUGAUUCUUUGUUGGAAAAAGGUGAGCAUUUUGAAAGUACCUAAUAUCCAAUUAGAAGAGGAGUCAUGGCUCAAUCCUCGGGAAAGAAACAUGGCUAUACGGAGUCACUGCCUUACGUGGACACAAUACGCAUCCAUGAAGGAAGAGUCUGUCUUCCGGGAAAGUAUGGAAAACCCAAAUUGGACAGAGUUCAUUCAAAGAGGCAGGAUUUCAGUCACAGGAGCUGGAUUUCUCAACUGCAUUUUAGAAACUUUUGCCAGCACAUUCUUAAGACAGGGAGCCCAGAAGGGAAUUAGAAUCAUGGAGAUGCUGCUAAAGGAACAGUGUGGUGCCCCCGUAGCUGAAUAAAGAAUCAUCAGAGAGCUGUAUCCAUGUCUACUUUUUUAUUUUUAUUUUUUAUUUUUGAGAAUCACUUCUUGGCCACAACACAUCACAGACACAGUUUCUGGAAUACAGGUUUGAAGAUACAGUGUCGGCAGCUUCAAGAAGAGAAGACUUUCUUGCCAGGACAUAAAAUGAUAUCCUCCUCUGGGAUCCUACUUCGAAUAGUGGAACUCAGGGAGAUGAGAUCUUCUUGCUGGAUUUUUAUGACACAAUCUCUUUAUAAUUUUACAAAUAAAGGAAAAAAGACCCAUGUAA